CAGCCGUUCUCCAGCUGUUCCCAAACCCAUUUCACUAACGUCCAACAGACGCCGUCUCUUCUCCCUCUACUUAUACCUUCACUCCCAUCCCAUUCAUUCAUCUCAUCCCUACACAUGGCUCCUUCCUCUCUCGCCGUCUCUCUUCUUCUUGUCUCCGUUCUCUCCCCGUUAACGGCCGUUUCCGGCGGCACGUUCGACGGAGAGUUCGACAUCACCUGGGGCAGUGGUCGAGGUAAGUUCCUCAACAACGGAGAUCUUCUGACACUGUCCCUCGACAGAUUCUCGGGGUCGGGGUUUCAGUCCAAGAGGGAGUAUUUGUUCGGAAAUAUCCAUAUGCAGCUCAAACUCGUCCCCGGAAACUCUGCCGGAACCGUUACCGCUUAUUAUCUGAAGUCGGGAGGAUCGUCGUGGGACGAGAUCGACUUCGAGUUUCUGGGAAAUAUAACGGGUGACCCGUACACUAUGCACACGAAUGUGUACUCGCAAGGGAAAGGCGACAGAGAACAGCAGUUCAAACUCUGGUUCGACCCCACCUCAGAUUUCCACACCUAUUCUGUUCUUUGGAACCCUUACCACAUCGUCUUUUCGGUGGAUGGAACUCCGAUACGAGAGUUCAAGAACUUAGAACACGUAGGAAUCCCCUUCCCUCGGACACAGCCGAUGAGGCUCUACUCGAGCCUCUGGAACGCCGACCAAUGGGCGACAAGGGGCGGUCUGAUAAAGACCGACUGGUCCCACUCUCCCUUCACCGCCUCUUACCGGAACUUCAGAGCCAAAACCUGCGUUCCGGCGAUCGGGAAAUCGUCGUGUCGCUCGGGCCGGCGGCCCCGGUGGUUCACGCACAGGCUGGACCUCAAUGCAGAGCACAAGAUGCGAACGAUGCAGAGGAACUUCAUGGUUUAUAACUACUGUACGGACUCGAAGAGGUUUCCCAAUGGCUUCCCCAAGGAAUGCAGUAUCCGCUAGAUACAGUUGCGUAGGUUGUCUUUGAAAGAUGGGUUUGUGAUAAUAUUAGUGUGUUUUUCUAAUAUGUAACAUAUUACUUAGGGAUUAAUUAGGUUCCAGAAUGCCCUUGUGUCAAAUAUACAUAUUAAUGAAUAAAAAAAUGUAUAUGCGGUUUUGGAAAAUGCUAUACUUUGUUUUAUCCA